AUGGAGCGAAAAAGAUAUUUCCGGCUGGUUGAUGGAGCGCGUCGCCCUCAACCUGAGCUUGGGGAUGUACCAGUGCGAUACGUUCGUGUUCGUGACGGCACUGACGCCGGGGACUUUUGCGAGACGGUGCUGGCACGCUGCACAGACUCGCUUCCACCAGGUCUAAUCGACGAGGCAGUCCUCAAAGUGUUCGUGAACAGCGAAGCUGCGGGGCCUCUGAACGCGGACGAUGCACUGAGCGCUUAUGGACUGAACAGAGAAGACCCGCUCGUUGUGGAAGUGCCGAAGGUCUGGUUUCACUUGACGGAUGCCGGUACCCAGCCCCCAUUCGCAAGAACAAGUGCAGCCUCAGUGCCCCUGACUGCAAAUCACACCAUCGAGAGUCUGCGGAAUGCAGUGAUGAAGAUGUACAGCUCAAGUCGCCUUGCUCGGGUUGCUGUGUCCGACCUCCAAAUGCCGAUUGGAUCGCUUGGUCGGACGCUGGCGACUGCGCUCAUCAUCGAAGUGCCACAAAACGUGGGUGAGCUGUACCGCCUCAGUAUCGACCAAGAGCAUACUUCUUCCGUCCAAACCUACCAAAACACUGCGCAGCUUCUCAAGGAAUCGCUCGAAGUGAAGGCCGUGGUGAAACUUAUCGAGAACGCGAGUGAAUCUCCAAGUCCAACGCGGUUUGUUGUGCUGGAAAACUCGUCGGGCACCGGCAAGACGCAGAUGGCGUUCAAUCUGCAGGCCACAGAGGCUUGUGACGUGUUCUACGUGCUGUGCACACCUGCAGGUGAUCGGGAUCAAGACGUAAUGGAUCAGCUCGCGGGGUUGGGACGGCAACUCGGCUGCAUUUGCACGCCUUCAUCGCCGCUGCGCUCCGUGGUGAUGCCAAUUUUCAAGGCUCAGCGACACGAGAGCAAGUGGAAGAAGCACUUGACCGCUGAAAACAAAUGA